AGCAGAAAGAUUGACCCGAUGGGGAUUCCGUAGUAGUUAGGCUUCACUGCUUCGUGGGUGACAGGUGUUCCGUUUUUCGUUAACAAACGGAUAGUUCGUUAGAAUAACGAAAAAUAGUUUUUUUGUUUUGUAAACAAGUUCGUGUUCCACGCUGAAGGCCAUUUCAUGUAGAUUAGCUCACACAUUAGGCUAGUGUGUGGUGGGUAGGUAGCCCGUUAGCUAACGGCGUCAUAAGCAGAAAACCGACAACAAACGCUGUGUUUAGUGGGGACAAAGUGCUGCAGCUGUCUGGGAAAGAAACCACCAAGGUGUGCCGCAAUGAAUGUCGCUAAAAGUGGGUAUCGCGUCUUUUCCGCGAACUCGUCCGUAUCGGGCACAGAGCUGGCAAAGAAAAUAACAGAGCGGCUGGGAGUUGAACUGGGGAAGUCUGUGGUCUUUCAGGAAUCGAACAGAGAGACUAGAGUGGAUGUCAAAGAAUCUGUUCGUGGACAAACUAUCUUUAUCAUCCAGACAAUACCAAGAGAUGUCAACACAGCCAUCAUGGAGCUGCUGGUUAUGGCCUAUGCCCUCAAGACCUCUUGUGCCAAGAAUAUUAUUGGAGUUAUUCCUUACUUCCCCUACAGCAAGCAGUGUAAGAUGAGAAAGAGGGGCUCAAUUGUGUGCAAGUUACUAGCUUCAAUGUUGGCUAAAGCAGGAUUAUCACACAUCAUCACCAUGGACUUGCAUCAGAAGGAGAUCCAGGGCUUCUUCAGCUUUCCAGUGGAUAACCUGCGUGCCUCCCCCUUUUUGAUUCAGUACAUCCAAGAAGAGAUUCCUGAUUACAGAAAUGCCAUCAUUGUGGCAAAAUCACCUGCAGCAGCUAAGAGGGCUCAGUCCUAUGCAGAACGCCUGCGCUUGGGUCUGGCUGUGAUUCACGGCGAGGCUCAGUGUUCAGAGUCUGACAUGGCUGAUGGAAGACACUCGCCACCAUGUGUACGCAACACCACAGGACACACGGGACUGGAGCUGCCUUUAAUGAUGGCCAAGGAGAAACCUCCCAUCACUGUAGUCGGAGACGUGGGAGGAAGAAUUGCCAUCAUUGUGGAUGACAUUAUAGAUGACGUCGGAGACUUUGUUGCAGCUGCAGAGAUCCUGAAAGAGAGAGGAGCCUAUAAAAUUUAUAUCAUGGCCACACACGGUUUACUGUCUGCUGAAGCCCCUCGCCUCAUAGAGGAGUCUGCCAUUGAUGAGGUGGUGGUGACCAACACAGUCCCCCAUGAAGUACAGAAGCUACAGUGUCCCAAAAUCAAGACUGUGGACGUCAGCAUGAUACUGGCUGAGGCUAUCCGCCGCAUCCACAACGGAGAGUCCAUGGCCUACUUGUUCCGUAACAUCACCGUGGAUGACUAGAGUGUCCAACGGCGAGGGCUGCGGUGGGUCUGAUAGCGACUGAGAGCAGGUGCACCUCCCUCCAGGGCUAAUGCCAUGUACCAU